AAACUAUGAAACAUAUACAACUACGCUAUAUCGGAUAAAUUAGUUGUUCAUCUGUUUUUCUCCUUUUUCAUUUUUAGUUGUCAAUAUGUAUUUUCGAAAUUAUUGGUUAUUUUUAGUUUACUUGCUGUUUUCCACAGCUUCAGCUGAAGAUAACGGUUGUCAAGAAUGUGUAUCAUCCUCCUGCGAUCCUCCAAGAAAUUGUAAAGCAGGUUUGGUUAAAGACGCAUGUGAUUGUUGUUAUCAUUGUGGAGUAAAAGAAGGUGACAGGUGUGAUCAUAGAGAUCUUCCAUCUGAAGGAGCUGGGCGCUGUGGUGACAAUUUAGAAUGUCAAGUGAGGAAUGAUCUAAGUUGGGAUGAUCCACCAGAAGCUGUGUGUGUUUGUAAACAACAUAUUCCAAUUUGUGGAAGUGAUGGAAUAACAUAUGAAAACAUAUGUCAAUUUACAGAAGCACGUUAUUCAAAAAGAAAUGGCUUAAGAGCCAUUGCUUCAGAGCCUUGUAUCAAAACACCAAGAAUAAGGACCCCUCUUCAAAAUAUUCUAAAUGUAACAGGAAGUUCUGUUGUACUGACGUGUGAAGCAAAUGGUUGGCCAAUACCUGAUAUCCAUUGGAUUUUGCAGCAAAAUGGAAGGCGCAUUCAAUUUCCAGGUAACAGGACUGAUACAUCUAUACAAUCUCGAAACGGGCCAAAUGCUGAUGAAACUACUAGUUGGUUAUUAUUCCGCAGCCUCUCUGAAGAUAAUGCAGGGACAUAUAUUUGCAAAGCUCAAAAUUAUAUAGGGACAGAUUCAAGUUCUGCAACUGUCAAUGUUUUAGUUUAAAAUAUUCAAUUUUUAAUUUUGAACAUAGAACAGGCCGUUGCGCCAUCAGAUCAAACGUUCUGCUUAUUCUAUCCAGCUAAAUUUCCGAGAUAGAUCAAGAUAGUUACAUAUUUUUUGCGAGGAGUAUGGCUCACUGCUAAGCCAUUGUCUUUUGUGACGAAUAAGUCUAAUCACUUGCAUUUUGUUUUGAUGCAAAAAGUACUUCUGAUGAAAAAAUGAUUAAUUAUUAUGAUUACAUGAAUCGGAUAUUUUUUAAGAGCUAGUCACAUUUUAGAUUCAAAAUAUUAUCAUUACUGUACAAUAUCAGAUCAAAAUAAAGAUGCUAAUAUUACCAAUAU